UCAGACUCUCAUAUAUAGGUACAUCUCCUCACAGAAAUGCUGUCAAGCCCAGGGUUCGGAUCAGCUUGGGGCCACCCUCCAUCAUACCAUGUACCUGUACGUGCUCCUGGCUUGUGUGUCAUGGGUCUUGGAAAGCCAUUCCGCCCCAAUGAAGAUAGUCAGUGGGUCUACCCAGGACAAUCACACGGCAGUCUGUGCUGAGAUUGAGAAAGAACUCAUGGCUGACAACGUUACAUACAAGGGCUCCUUCGAAAGGCCUCAGAACACCAGUGAGGAACUCUGCUAUGGGAAGUUUAUAGAGGGCUUCAUCUCCACCCUGAAUAACAUCUCUACGAAACACAAGAAUGACUGGCACAUAGAAAAAGUCUGUAAGAACAUGAGGCAACUCACCAAAAUCUGCCCAAAGCUGAAACUAACAGGACACAACUGUAUUACUGAGAAAAGUAACUUCUCAAAAUUCAAAGAAGCUUUACAGAGUGUUGUCAUAUCUAUAGAAGGAUGGAAAUCUUGUAAAAGGAUCAAGGGCGUCCUCUGAGACCUCGUCCCCUCAUGUCCUGAUGCCCUGAGAGCUUCAGGAGAUGGGGCUGGAGGAGCCUCAGGAAGAAUUUACAGCCGGGGUGGGGUAAGAGUUUGCUGGCCCGGGGUCAGCAGACGGGGCUGAGGGUGGGUCAUGGUAGGGGUGUGCUUGAGGAAAUAUUUCUGUAACUGAUGCAUCAGCAGUUGUUGCCUUAAUAAAGCUGGGUUGAGGAAAUGCUGG